AGAAUUAGUUGUGGUUUAGUUCUCCGGAGAAGCGGGUGUGUCGGCGAUGUAUCUGAUUGUGUUGUGGAGCGCGACGGCCGCGUGGUGCAGCGGCGCGGCGGGAGGGGUCAGCCUCGACAAUCUCCGGCCUCUCCUGGGCGCCCUCCACGACACGCUGCCCCUCGAAGGCCCCGAGUCGCGAGCGGCGCCUGUCUCCGCCGCCGAUGUGGAGGAUGUCCUGCGGGAUGGUUACCAGAGGGCACAGGAACUCGCCCUCAGGGAGAGUGAACAAACUCUCAGGUUCCGGACGCCGCUACAGGAGCAGGAGCAGAGCACGAUGUUCCUCUUUUCCUUCAGGAGAGCAGAACCCGAGGCCAAGAGAGCGUCCUCGUGCAUGGGCCGUUCCUUACUCGAAGCUUCGAAGAUCUUCAUGAAAAGGUUCAACAUCACCGCCGAGGACGCUGCCAUUUCCCUCUCACGACUGAACACGGCCAUGGACAGAGAGAACUGCCGGAAGCUGACCCCCGCAGGCUGCGAGAUGCCAAGGUCAGGUCCCUCUUGCACCGCGUGGCACCCCUACAGGACCAUCGACGGCACCUGCAACAACCUCGAGCACCCGAAGUGGGGUUCUGCCAUGACGCCCUUUGUGAGGUACCUCGUGCCCGCCUAUGAGGACGUUGCUAAAAGUGUAAAUGGUGCGUCACAGGCCUUCGACGUAAAGGGAAUCUGGGAGGCUGGAGAAGACCCCUCUGUCGGAGGCUGCGCGAAUCCGCAGAUGCUGGACCCGAGACCUAGACACACGGGCGUUGACUCCAUGCGCGGCGCCGGCAGGACAGGUGCGCGCGCCCUGCCCUCCCCUCGCGCAGUCAGCACGAUGCUCCAGGGCGCGGAGAAACGCCCUCCGCUCCCGCAUGUCACCCUCAUGGUCAUGCAGUGGGGCCAGUUUCUUGACCAUGAUCUCGUCCACACACCUGAGUCUGCUGGCGCCAUCGAGAACAACAAGACCAUGCCGCUGACCUGCUGCAAGGACGGCAAGCCCUACCAUGACCUCUACAAUGCCCCCAAAGACUGCAAGCCCAUCGAUGUAUCCGAUGACCCCCUCUUCGGCCACUACUACAACAGGACCUGCAUGAGAUUCGUCAGGUCGCUCGUGGCCAGCAGAGGAUGCCUGUUUGGUCCGCGUGAACAAUUCAACCAAAUCACGGCCUACAUCGACGCAUCGGCGGUGUACGGAUCGAGGAUCGACAUCGCGGGAAAUCUGCGCACAUUUCGCGCUGGCCGCCUGGUCAUGACCCAGGGGGAAGGGAGGGGGAGUGGCCAUCUCCUGCCGCAGGCCAAGUGCGGGCACAGCGACGGAUUCUGCUUCAAGGCAGGGGAUGAUCGCGUGAACGAACAGCCUGGACUGACUUCGAUGCACACACUAUGGCUGAGAGUCCACAACCACCUAGCUAGACAGCUGGCUUCCUUCAAUCCACACUGGGACGACGAAACGAUUUACCAGGAAUCACGACGAGUGGUAUCGGCUCUCGUUCAGCAAGUAACGUAUAGAGAGUUCUUGCCUGUCAUCCUCGGCGAGUCCAGAAUGCUAGAGUAUGACCUCUGGCUUAAGCAGAGCGGGUACUCGGAUUCGUAUGACCCGCAAGUGGAUGCCUCUAUUGCCAACGUGUUCGCGACUGCUGCUUAUAGGUUCGGCCACAGCCUGGUCAACGACAUCCUGAAGAGCGCGGGCGAGACCGUGCCUCUCCUGGAUAACUUCAUGGACCCGCACCUCCUCCUCGAGAAGAAGACCACCACCUCGGCCUUGCUCGAGGGCCUGGCCACCUCCCGCUCCCAGGCCCUCGACUCGUAUCUGGUGCCGACGCUCACCAACAAGCUCUUCGCUAGCCCGCACGAGCCGCUUGGCCUCGACCUCAUGGCUCUGAAUAUCCAGCGCGGGAGGGACCACGGUCUGCCGCCCUACAACGACUGGAGAAAAGCCUGUCGUCUGCCACCAGUCACGAAUUUCUACGAGCUGGCAACUGUCAUGGCACCGGAAGUGGCAGAGGGCUUCAAAAGCGUAUACCAGAAUGUCAGUGAAAUCGACGUGUUCCCUGCUGGCCUGGCGGAGCACGCUGUCCCGGGCGGCCUACUCGGACCGACUUUCUCCUGCAUCAUCGGCCAGCAAUUUGCCAGCCUCAGGCAGGGGGACAGGUUCUGGUAUGAGAACCGGCGCCAGCCCAAGCCCUUCACAGCAGAGCAACUCGCCUCUAUACGCAAGCUGAGUCUGGCAUCGUUAACGUGCGAGCAUACAUCACUGGAAUACCUUCAACCGAAUCUCUUCCUCUCUGCCAACACCACUGGGAAUAAACAACGGCGGUGUGCUACGUAUCCGACUUUGAAUGCUAAACUCUGGAAGGAGGAAAAGAAGAAGCCAGAACCCGUGAGCGUGUGCAGGGGAGUGGGCGUCUGGAAGAUACUCCCAGGUAUAGACAAGUGGUGUACUCUCAACUGCCUGCAUCACAGUGUUUCUUUCUGUCCGCCUACACAUUGUAAUUGUUACUGAACAGUAGACAUCACCAUUGUCUUUAUACGGUGAUGUUAGAUGAUUUUCGAAAUCAAAGAGCGAUGUUUGAAUUCGAAAUGUUGACGUGGGGCUUUCAAUUGGGCAUUAACUAAUGGCUAUGAGGUAUUUUUGUUUUUUUUAUGUUAUUACUGUAAAAUACCAUAACGCCUAGGGUCUUAGAAGCUUUUACGGUAUUCUGGGGUGUAGGAGAAAAUCAGGACUUAAUAUUUCAUUGUGACUGCAUAUCAUACCUAUAAUACAAUUUGUAUAUUCAUGGUAUGUGCAGAGUACUGCUAGAAGAAAAAAAAAUAUUAGAAUAUCUAUUACCAAUGUGACGUAAUGUAAGAAAGAUCCUGAAGUUUUACUGUGUGUUACCAUAUGAUGUGAUAUAGAGAUUAUGAAGUUACUGCUGACAUAAUAUAUAUUGCAUGAGUAUCUCUUGAAUAGCCAUGUUUUCUUCAUAGAUAUACAAAUAAUCAUCAUGCACAGAAAAUUGGACUGGUUCACUGAUCCCGUGCCUGUCGAGUAUAACGUGAACUUUCCGAAUAUUAGGUUUAUUUUGUGUGCCAAUGUUUGUGACCAACUAUUUAUAUAAUACAGUUUUUAACACCUAUUUUAAAUGUCUACAAUUCUUUUCCCUACAGAAUAUCUACAUUAGCUUAUAUUAUGCGGAUUAGUAUUUUGUAUCAAUAAUUUCUUACGUGCUUUAAUAUUAUAAUAUGAUAUUAAAAUACAGCAAACGCAACAUUUAAUAUCUGUUUAAUAUUUAAUAUUUGUUCUAAAAUGUGAAUAUAACCAAUAGUUGUCUGUCGUAGAUGAUCUUACAAUGAUUAUUAUCUUGUCAUUGAGUUGAUAACAUGUUGAUCUAAUAAAUUCUCUUAUAACCUGAUUUAGUUCAAUUUUGACCAAGAAAUUAGUUGAAUGGGAUUUACUUUUCAAUACAUAUUUCACCUGAUCGUAAAAGUAUGAUAAUUACAAAUGAAACUGUACAGGGCUUAUAGAUAUGCGAAAAUUCCACCAAUAUGCAAUUAUUCAAAGUUACCUUAAAAUUGUUUCGUUUGCUUUAUAUCCUAAACGAGUAAUGGCAAUAUAUCAAAACAGAUUUGAAGUUUGACAGUAGACCUUUAAUCUACCCUAAUCUCUCUACUUUAAAACCUUUCCUUUAAUUAUCCUCAACUACUCUUAUAUCUAUCAAAAAUAAUCUACCUUCAACCUUCGUAUAUCCUAAAAGUCCUUUUAAUCUACCCUUAAUAUUUUAAUCUACCCGGUCCGCUACCGAAAUCCACACGAGUACCAGCGUAGAAACAAGGUGUUGUUACAUCAAAAGCGAGAGGGAAAAGUAUGGUUUUGUCCGCAAAAAGGGAUAGACAUGAUAUACGUUCGCACUACAGAGUUUGGAGACUCAGUCGUUCCUGUGGGCAGAACAUCAGCCUGAUUCUCGGCCCAUUUCGAACACUAUCAAAUAAAAUCUCGUCUUAUGUCGGCAACAUUUCGCUUUAUCCUCUUGCCAAAUUAACAAAACCAACGAGCCAACCGAUAAAUGAGGUUUCAGCCUUCGGUGUAGAUAAAGGAUCACAUAAAGGGCACCUAUUUUUUCCACAGCUUAUUUAAUAUUUAUUUAUUGAAAAUCAUCUGCCGCGUCAACAUCUAAGGCCAUUAGGAGUAUAGUAUAAGAUAAAGAUUGUUGGGGAAGGAGUUAAGAGUAGGGAGUAUUAUGAUAAAGUAUUGUGGCGAAAAUGGAAAAUGGUUUAGCGCUUAGGAUAAGUGGACAGAACAAGGAGAUAAAGAAAAGGAAAAGGAAAGAAGAAAAGGCCACUUAUUUUUCAUAGUAACCUAUAUUACAUACUCAUUGGAUAUCAGUAGUGAUCCAAAGAAUGAUAUUAAUAUCUAAGAACUUUAACGUAAAUGUGUUUUCUCUCCCCGAGCUGUCAGUUGCAUUUCCCUAGUAGCUCGAACAACCAAACCAAAAGAUGUGAACUUGUUUGCAAGGAGGAGCUGUUUGAGUCGACGUAAAUUCAUACAGAAAUGUCCACUCUUAAAGAUAACUUCCACUGCGAAUAUCAUCACUUACAAGUAAAUGAAAAGAUUGACAGUUGCCGAGUUUCAACUUUUACUUUAUGGUUAAAAAAAAAAAUACAAUGAUCAGGUUACGCUCUUCAAAAAUGUAUUGUAAUCGAAGAUAACAUGGGGUUAAUGGGGAUAUAUUCCUAGCCAAUCAGAAGUUAUGUAGGAUUAAUCACAAAGUGGAAGUCAUAAUGCAAUAGUUAUUGAAAUAAAACAUGAAAUGGGUAGGGGCACUUUCCUUACACAAUGAGCCUUUUAUUCAUACUCUUAAAAUAUCCGUCUACGUGUUCGAACAGUAUCGUGGGCACAAGCGAGCAGUCUUUACUAGUGAGUUGAACUUUUCGCUCUUGACCGCACGAAAACCAGAUAAGUGGCCACGCGGGAGCUGGAGUCAGUUCACCAGAGUGACCGGCAGUGUAACUUUAUUCCCAGGGUUAUAUAUGGACCGUAAUGGCUCUUAUCAGUUACUUGGUUCAGACCAAAUUAAUCGCUUCUAUUUCCGCCACCCACCAACGACGACUGGUCUCGACUAAAUAUCUUUAUUGCACAUCAAGAUUGUCCUACAGACCACGACCUCGCCAGGUAGCCCCCUCUCGAACCUGCCCACCUUCGACAAGAAGCCAUGAAGAUAAUAAAACAAAAAUCCUUAAUGGUCUUAUACUCUGCCCUUAAAUUCAAACAGGAAGCCAUUAAAUUAUAAUGUUUGUAUCACAUGAAUAGCAAGGUUCCAGUGGAUGAAACCGUUUUUAUUAAGGGAAUACAUUUCUACGUUAAGCAUACAGUACACCGCAAUAAUCUUUUCUCAUUGAUAAGUAAAAGGCCAAACAAUAUCUAUUUACAUGUUUUGUGCUUGUAAUCCUAGUAAAUAAGGAUUACAAGCAUGAUUUUAAAAGGAUUGCAUAAUUUUUCUGAAUGUAAUAUAUGUUCACCUGACCUUCAAAUCAACCUUUAUGCUUUUAAAGGGCAAUACCCGUAAUUUCUUUGUAGUCCGAAGAAAAAGGUAUUAUAGAAAUAAGCAUUUUGAGACCCAACUUUAUUCUGCAGUGCAGACAUAAAAUUAAAUAUAAAACUGCACAGUACCUCAUAACAAGCAUGUCAUUAGAGAUAAGUCCAUAUAUUUAUAAAAUAUAGUAAUUAUCUAUCUUUUAGAAUUUUAAAUAAACUACAACUCAAAUCUAAACACAUUACCUUUUAUUAAAGUUUGAUUUUUGCUUAUGACUUUUGAAGAGAAAGAAUGAGAUUGCUUUUUUUUUUUCAUAAUCCUGACAAAAAAAAUUAAGCUGGCACAAAAGAGGGUUAGGUUUUUUUCAUGACUAGGUGGCAAUUGGCAUGAUAUCACUUAAUGUGUAUAAUACUGUAUAUAUUCAUAUAUAUAUCAACAUUACUUUUAUGCCUAACAAUUUCGAGAAUAGAUAUUGGAUUACAAUCUUCACUUUACCACAAGCAAUAUCAAAAAUGUA